CGCAGGGCCAGGGGCGGGGGGCGGCGGCGGCGGCGCGGCGAGCUCGCCGCUCUCUCGUGAGUGUGCCUGCGCGCAAGCCGGGGAGCGGCGCGCGGGCGGCCCGAGCCUCGGCGGCGGCGGUAGCGGCGGCGGCGGCGCUGACACCUCCCACCAUGGACAGCUUCGACUUAGCCCUGCUCCAGGAAUGGGACCUCGAGUCACUGUGGGGUGAAGACAUCUUAAACCAGAGGAAUGACUCUCUAGUUGUGGAAUUUCAGUCAUCAGCCAGCAGAUGCAGGAGUGUCUAUGAACCAGAUAGAAAUGCAUUACGGAGGAAAGAACGAGAAAGAAGAAAUCAAGAAACUCAACAGGAUGACGGCACGUUUAAUUCUAGUUACUCUCUCUUCAGUGAGCCCUACAAGACUAACAAGGGGGAUGAACUCUCCAACCGGAUCCAGAACACUUUAGGCAAUUAUGAUGAAAUGAAAGACUUUUUAACUGAUAGAUCCAAUCAGAGUCAUCUCGUUGGAGUUCCCAAACCUGGGGUUCCUCAGACUCCUGUGAACAAGAUUGAUGAACAUUUUGUUGCAGAUUCAAGAGCCCAGACCCAGCCCUCAUCUAUCUGUAGCACUACAACUUCCACACCAGCAGCUGUUCCCGUGCAGCAGAGUAAGAGAGGCACUAUGGGCUGGCAGAAGGCUGGGCACCCACCCUCCGACGGCCAACAGAGAGCAACACAACAGGGCUCUCUCAGGACCUUGCUUGGAGAUGGUGUUGGCAGACAGCAGCCACGGGCCAAACAAGUGUGCAAUGUGGAGGUGGGCCUUCAGACCCAGGAGAGGCCACCUGCCAUGGUGGCCAAGCAUGGCAGCAGCGGACACUGUGUUCAGAACUUUCCUCCAUCCCUAGCUUCAAAACCCAGCCUGGUCCAGCAGAAACCAACUGCAUACGUGCGGCCAAUGGAUGGCCAAGAUCAGGCCCCUGAUGAGUCUCCUAAGCUGAAGUCGUCUUCGGAAACCAGCGUGCACUGCACAUCAUACAGGGGAGUCCCUGCCAGCAAGCCGGAGCCAGCCAGAGCCAAGGCCAAGCUCUCCAAGUUCAGCAUCCCCAAGCAGGGGGAGGAGAGUAGAUCUGGAGAAACCAACAGCUGUGUUGAAGAAAUAAUCCGGGAGAUGACCUGGCUUCCACCACUUUCUGCUAUUCAAGCACCUGGCAAAGUGGAACCAACCAAAUUUCCAUUUCCAAAUAAGGACUCUCAGCUUGUAUCCUCUGGACACAAUAAUCCAAAGAAAGGUGAUGCAGAGCCAGAGAGUCCAGACAAUGGCACGUCGAAUACAUCAAUGCUGGAAGAUGACCUUAAGCUAAGCAGUGAUGAAGAGGAGAAUGAACAGCAGGCAGCUCAGAGAACGGCUCUCCGCGCUCUGUCUGACAGCGCCGUGGUCCAGCAGCCCAACUGCAGAACCUCGGUGCCUUCCAGCAAGGGCAGCAGCAGCAGCAGCAGCAGCGGCAGCAGCAGCUCCUCCAGCGACUCAGAGAGCAGCUCCGGAUCUGACUCGGAGACCGAGAGCAGCUCCAGCGAGAGUGAGGGCAGCAAGCCCCCCCACUUCUCCAGCCCCGAGGCUGAACCGGCAUCCUCUAACAAGUGGCAGCUGGAUAAAUGGCUAAACAAAGUUAAUCCCCACAAGCCUCCUAUUCUGAUCCAAAAUGAAAGCCACGGGCCAGAGAGCAAUCAGUACUACAACCCGGUGAAAGAGAACGUCCAGGACUGUGGGAAAGUCCCCGACGUUUGCCAGCCCAGCCUGAGAGAGAAGGAGAUCAAGAGCACUUGCAAGGAGGAGCAGAGGCCAAGGACAGCGAACAAGGCCCCUGGGAGUAAAGGCGUGAAGCAGAAGUCCCCGCCUGCGGCCGUGGCCGUGGCGGUGAGCGCAGCCGCCCCGCCACCCGCAGUGCCCUGUGCGCCCGCGGAGAACGUGCCCGCGCCUGCCCGGAGGUCCGGGGGCAAGAAGCCCACCAGGCGCACCGAGAGGACCUCAGCCGGGGACGGCGCCAACUGCCACCGGCCCGAGGAGCCCGCGGCCGCGGACGCGCUGGGGACGAGCGUGGUGGUUCCCCCAGAGCCCACCAAAACCAGGCCCUGUGGCAACAACAGAGCGAACCACCGCAAGGAGCUGCGCUCCUCUGUGACCUGCGAGAAGCGCCGCACGCGGGGGCUGAGCAGGAUCGUCCCCAAAUCCAAGGAGUUCAUUGAGACAGAGUCGUCAUCUUCGUCCUCCUCCUCGGACUCCGACCUGGAGUCCGAGCAGGAGGAGUACCCUCUGUCCAAAGCACAGACUGUGGCUGCCUCUGCCUCCUCCGGGAAUGAUCAGAGGCUGAAGGAGGCCGCUGCCAACGGGGGCAAUUGUCCCAGGGCCCCUGUAGGCUCCAUCAACGCCAGGACCACCAGUGACAUCGCCAAGGAGCUGGAGGAGCAGUUCUACACACUGGUCCCCUUUGGCCGUAACGAACUUCUCUCCCCUCUAAAGGACAGUGACGAGAUCAGGUCUCUCUGGGUAAAAAUCGACCUGACCCUCCUGUCCAGGAUCCCAGAACACCUGCCCCAGGAGCCAGGGGUCUUGAGUGCCCCUGCCGCCAAGGACUCUGAGAGCGCACCGCCCAGCCACACCUCGGACACACCUGCAGAAAAGGCUUUGCCAAAAUCCAAGAGGAAACGCAAGUGUGACAACGAAGACGACUACAGGGAGAUCAAGAAGGCCCAGGGAGAGAAAGACAGCUCUUCAAGACUGGCCACCUCCACCACUAAUACUUUGUCUGCAAACCACUGCAACAUGAACAUCAACAGUGUGGCAAUACCAAUAAAUAAAAAUGAAAAAGUGCUUCGGUCACCCAUCUCACCCCUCUCCGAUGCAUCUAAACACAAAUACACCAGCGAGGACUUAACUUCUUCCAGCCGACCUAAUGGCAACAGUUUGUUUACUUCAGGCUCUUCCAGCAAAAAGCCUAAGGCCGACAGCCAGCUGCAGCCUCACGGCGGAGACCUCACGAAAGCAGCUCACAACAAUUCCGAAAACAUUCCCCUCCACAAGUCACGGCUGCAGACAGAGCCGUGGUCUCCAGGCUCCAACGGCCACAGGGACUGCAAGAGGCAGAAACUUGUCUUCGAUGAUAUGCCUCGCAGUGCCGAUUAUUUUAUGCAAGAAGCUAAACGAAUGAAGCAUAAAGCAGAUGCAAUGGUGGAAAAGUUUGGAAAGGCUUUGAACUAUGCUGAAGCAGCAUUGUCGUUUAUCGAGUGUGGAAAUGCAAUGGAACAAGGCCCCAUGGAAUCCAAAUCUCCUUACACGAUGUAUUCAGAAACAGUAGAGCUCAUCAGGUAUGCUAUGAGACUAAAAACCCACUCAGGCCCUAAUGCCACACCAGAAGACAAACAACUGGCUGCAUUAUGUUACCGAUGCCUGGCUCUCCUGUACUGGCGGAUGUUUCGACUGAAAAGGGACCACGCUGUAAAGUAUUCAAAAGCACUAAUCGACUAUUUCAAGAACUCAUCUAAAGCCGCCCAAGCCCCAUCUCCGUGGGGGGCCAGUGGAAAGAGCACUGGAACCCCAUCCCCCAUGUCUCCCAACCCCUCUCCCGCCAGCUCUGUGGGGUCUCAGGGCAGCCUCUCCAACGCCAGCGCCCUGUCCCCGUCGACCAUCGUCAGCAUCCCACAGCGCAUCCACCAGAUGGCGGCUAACCACGUCAGCAUCACCAACAGCAUCCUGCACAGCUACGACUACUGGGAGAUGGCCGACAACCUGGCCAAGGAAAACCGAGAAUUCUUCAACGACCUGGAUCUGCUCAUGGGGCCGGUCACCCUGCACAGCAGCAUGGAGCACCUGGUCCAGUACUCCCAACAGGGCCUGCACUGGCUGCGGAACAGCGCCCACCUGUCAUAGGGACCUCACCCUGGAGCCAGAUUGGGCUCUGGUCUCCACAGAUGGCUCAACAUUUUUGGACACUGUGCUACUGAAAUUCCCAGCCACAGCAUUUAUCAGACUGCAGUGAACAUUUCCUCAGCAUUGAACAAUGAUCUUUUGCAGGGCAUGUGUGUUUGUAUGUGUGGGUAUACAAGAAGCCGCCUGUGUAUGUGUGUAAGAUACACAGCUCUUCAGAACACACCUUCUUUGUCUAGUUUCCAUAAUCCCAGGCUAGACAAAGUGAUCAGAGGUUUCUGAUUAGAGGAAGUACACACACACACACACACCAUACUCACACACAAUCACAGACACACGAUUUCUAUUCUAGUGCUAAACCAUGACUUCUUAGAAAAUUCAACCAAAAUCUCAUGGGUUAGUUAACCAGGUGCAAUACAGCACACCAAAAGCUUGACUGCCAGUGAAGAUGGACCUGCUCUUAUACUGUUGAUUACUUCCAGUAUUAAUAUACUAUUCCCCAAUUAUUUUUUGAUUGGUAUGUAUUAAUGGGUAAUUGAAUAAUGAAAAUAAGCCAGAUAUUUUUGUGCCGGAAGUUUACUAGAUUGCAUGUUACCAAAUACCCUGCUCUUCCUCUAAUUCCCUUCCCCCAUCUGACUUUAUUAUCAACUAAACACAUUCCAGGCAAACAGAUGGACACUCACAGCCCUUCCCAGCCCCACCUCCAAGUAGUAUGCAAAUAGCACUGAGAUUUAGCAAAAACUCGGCGUCUUUGAAACUUAACAGACACUAAAGCAGCAGUGCCUGUGUGUUGGAGCUCAGUUAGGAGUUGAAGUUUUCUGCACCUGUGAUAACAAGCCCACCAGCCACAUGCAUUUCUUCUUCCUGCCACUGUGACUAGGUGGCUGUAGGGCCACAUGGCAUUUGUCAGCCAAUCUGUUUCAAGUCUUUUCUUUCCACCAAUAGCUUUCUUACAGAUUUUCUUGGAUAAAUGAGGCUAUUACCUAGAAUGUCCCUUCAGUAGGAGCCUGAAUCCUUUGCUUACCAGGCUAAGAGCUAUUUGCCAUGAUAAUGCUAUCUGAUUCUCUCACUCCUCAUGCAGAAUGUGCCCCUGCAGCCCUUUGAUGCGUUUUGAGUUGGGGGCGAUUUUUCAGGCUUUGAUUAGCAGGCUGCUUGCAAUGCGGGAGAUCACAGUUCCUUUCUGGGGCAGCAGCAACCAGAGCCUCUUCCUGUGUCCUGUGUGUCUGGUAUGUUUACACCUUGCUCUGAGUUUUUCUCUUGUUUUCUUUUUUAAUUAAGUUUACAUUUUAGUUUCUUUGACAUCUUGUUUACGGUUUUUGUCUGAUGUUUUUUCUUUUAUAGUGUCUUAUGCCCUAGAUUUAGUCAUCUUGUUAAAUAUAUUUGGAUAUGAAAUCUUGACGAAAAGAAAAUAACUCCUGCAAAAGAGGGUCUAUCUUGCCACACUUUAAAAACAAAAAUAAUGUCCUUGAGGCCUCUUACUUGAUAAAGUUGCACCAGGACGGUCUGAGAAAGGCAGGCGGUGCAAUAUGUGGAGCAAUCCAUUUUUUCGAGGUGAUGACGGCACAAAAUGCUUAGACUAGAUGCUGAUCUAUAAACAUUCACUGAUAUUCUUACAGAUCGGGUUGCAGUGUUAACAUUUUUGUCAGCCUGAUCUGUAGGUGGGAAGUAAGAUCAUUGUAAUUCCUUAGCUCUGAGCACUGAUUCAAAAUUGUAUAAAUGACUGAACAACUUAGAUGAUUUGAAAUUAGUUGAAAAUAAGAAGGGCUUGUGGAAUUUGCAUUUGGCUUUGGCCUUCAAGCAUUUGGAAAUAUUAAGAGAAUUUCCAUUUUACGUGUCUCCCAACUGGGGUGCUUCUUACAACCCUUUCACUUUUUUUUGAGACGAGUUUCGCUCUGUCUCCCAGGCUGGAGUGCAGUGGCACGAUCUCGGCUCACUGCAUCCUCUGCCUCCUGGGUUCAAGUGAUUCUCCUGCCUCAGCCUCCCAAGUAGCUGGGAUUACAGGCAUGCACCACCAUGCCCAGCUAAUUUUUGUAUUUUUAGUAGAGACUGGGUUUCGCCAUGUUGGCCAGGCUGGUCUCAAACUCGUGACCUCAGGUGAUCCACCCGCCUCCACCUCCCAAAGUGUUGUGAUUACAGGCGUGAGCCACCACACCCAGCCCUUUCACUAAUUUUUGGCAGAGUUCACAAUCCCAUCCUAUGUCAGAAACUUGAACCUAACUUAAGAAAUUUUGAGUCAUUUUUUUGGAGGACUGAGACUUUGUUCUACUUACUUUUGAAGAAUCCUGAUGAAAUAUUCAAACACAUAAAGGGAUGGCCCUGGAGGGCUGUCCUGCAUCCCUGGAGAGCUUCUCUGGUCCUGCCCACCUUGAAAGUUGCAGACUUUUUUGUGACAUCUAUGUGAUGAGCUUCCUUGUGAAGCCCCAUUUGACAGGUGGGCCAGCAGUGUUUUAUCAGCACUCUGAUGGCCCACAUUUCCCAGGAAAACUUCUUGAAACUUGCCCUUGUGGGCAGUGGUCAGAGCAUGUAGUUCCUAUGACUGUCUCUCAUUUCAUCUGUGGAGCACAUGUGGAGCACGUUGCUACAGCAGUUUCUGUGGGGUUUGGCAUAGGUGAUUUUGGUUAGUAACCAUCCUCCAAUUGUUGCUUGUGAAAUUCAUUCAUAACUUGUUCCUUUUACUUAGUCUUGUUGUUGCUGCUGCUGUUGUUGGUGUGGUUUGGUUUUGAGACCAGGUCUGGCUCUGUGGCCCAAGCUGGAAUGUGGUGGCGCGAUCAUGGCUCCCUGCAGCUUCAAACUCCUGGGCUCAAGCGAUCCUCCUGCCUCAGCCUCCCAAGCAGCUGGGAAGAUAGGCACAUGCCACCACACCCAGCUAAUUUUUUCUUUAUUUUUUUUGUAGACAUGGGGUCUCAGUAUGUUGCCCAGGCUGGUCUCAAACUCCUGGGCUCAAGCGAUCCUCCGGCCUCGGCCUCCCAAAGUGCAUGAGCCACCAUGCCUGGCCUGUUUAGUUUUGUUUCAAGUUGAAAUAUCUUUCUUGUGUUUUCUGAUUAGAAAAGUAAUACCUACUCAUUAUAAAAAUUCAAACAGUGCAGAAACAUAGAAAGUAGAAAGUGUAAGUCCCUGGUUGCCCCUUCUGCCUGAGACAACCACUGCUCACAGUUUGAUGUAUAUCCUUCCAGAGACUCUCAAAUUUAAGCAAAUAAUUUUUAUUACCACAUCUUUUUAUUUGAAGACGUACAUUUGCCUCCGAAGUUCAACACAAGUUCAACUGACCAUAUCCUUCCAUGACCUGAAUGGAUGCUAUCCUUUAUUACAGUGUUCAAUUGCCUUUGAAAGAGAGUAGCCCAGGUAUAUUCCUGAUCAAAAUUUGGCAUUUUUGAUGAUACUACUCUACACAGAUCAGACUCACGUGCAGAAUCAUGCCUGGAGUGACAGGUUUGGUUAAGACAGAGAUUUCUGGAAACAUUCAAAUCACAAAUGGAAACUUGAAACCCACAAUCUAAUGAGGAAUGUACUGGAAAAAUAAUCUUAAGAGCUGACAAAUUGUGUACUAGAUUGAACACAUGGAAUGCAAUGCAAUGAGACUUUCUGCACUAAAACUUAUCCUAAUAUGUACAACAUUGAUGUGUGUAUUAUAUAACAGUGAUGUGUACAUUUCUGACACCCCAUACAUAAUAUACACAGUUUGUAUAAAUGCAUACAUUUAAAAAUAUAUAUGUACAAUACAACUAACAUAAAACUGUAGUGCGCCUGAAGGAUAUUACUAGUGCCUAAUAUUGAGUAUGAGUCACUGCGUGUUCGCAUCAACUUGGAAGUGCAGUAAUUGUUAUAAAAUUAAUCAGUGCAGCCAACAUUAUUUAUGAAUCACAUCUUUGAAACUGUGCAGUAGCAUAUACAUAUAUAUUUUUAAAUAACAUUUUUCACAGUUUUCCAGAGUUACUGUUGAAAUCUGCAUCACCAAAAAAAAAAAGCAAGAUUUUUUUAACAAUGUAGACACUCUUCAGACCCAGUAAUCUGCGUGCGAUUUCCUAUUUGUAGACUCCCAAGAGACUUUAGCAGUCACCAGCCUUAAUGCAUGUACAGGAUAUUAUUGUGACUUAAUUUAUCUGCAGUUUUUAAUCCAUGUGAAAUUGGAAUUUAUAAACGGACUUGGAUUAAAUAUGUCUGCCUUUCUAAGGUUGCAAAUGUUACAUUAAAUGAUUUAUGUUGUAAAUGAGAGAAGUUGAGUUGUACGUAAAAGACAUCCACCAAUUUCUGUGAAUAUUUUUACAAGGAAACUUGAGAAUCAAAAUACGUUCAAGUCAGUUGUUCUGGCUCCCAGUUUAUAAUGUCUCUAAAAGCAACCUUUUUGUUUCAUAAAUGGCUUAAAUGUAGCUCCCACAGAUUAUCAGUAUGAAGUCUGACAUUUCUCAUGGAAAAAAAGCAUGUUUUUCUUCAUUAUAACUAUAGUUUACUAUUUGUCUUUGCUAUUUCCUGAUACAUACACAUAUGCACACAUGCGCACACAUGCAUGCACGUAUGCACGUGCACGCUCUCCAGUGUCCCAGUGAAGGCUCAACAGGAAGCUUGAGAAAGUCAUCUCAAUGGCCACAGGGUUCCUAUUCAACCAGUAGCCCUGGGAUGCCAUUUUGCUUGUCAUUCUUUAGUGUCACAAGUUACUUCCCUGACUUCUGUGCAGUCAGGGAACUGCACACAACUGAAACCAACAUGGUGGAAUCAUGUUUGCAAUAUUUGGUUGAGUAAAAUAAGAUAAUUUUGAACUAAAGAAGAUGGAGGUAUUAGACCAGUGGCUUGACAUGAAGCAUCCCCUAUGCGGGAGGGUAAGUUUGUUCACUUCAUUUUUAGCCUUAUCUCCAACCCUUUUCGUUAUCCUCCUCCCCAAACUAAAGAAGCAGAAACAGCAACAAAAACAAAACCAUCCCUUCACCCGAUCCAGCCCAUAUCCUUAGAUUCAAAUAUCCUUUGUCUUUUUCCCAUUAUACAGUCUGACACAAUUCACUCGUGUCUAGAGAGAAAUAUGCAGAAAGGGUUUGUUUGCAGAUGGGCAGUUCAGUUGAGUCCUCAUUAACCAAGCAGGGGGUGGAGAAGAAGCCUGACUCAGGAUCACCAUAGAGAACUCCUCAUCCCAACGAUAGGUGGGACAGAGAUUUGGCUUUGCUUCACCAACCACUGAGCUUGGUACUCUUUCAGAGGUGGUUUGUGCUAAGAAACACCCAACAGUCUUUCAAGAACGUUCUCUUCUGCAGCUUUGCCUGCUACACAGCUGAAGUCUGUCCCUAUAAGAAUUAUAUUUUUAAGAAGUAAUACAUUUUCGAAGAAACCCGGAUCAAGCGGAAUCUUGAAAGUUUUUUUAAUGAAAGGGGAAAAACAACCUUAGCACAUAAACUGCACUUCCAACCAUUUGGAACCAGAGUUUAUGUCCUCAUUUUCCCGUUCUCAGAAGAGCACAGUUUUUCAAUAUUACAACUUCCUGGCAAAUAGCACAAGAAAUAUUCAGACUUGAGAUUUGUGUUCCCUUUGUCCAGAUUAUUCUGUAUAUGUCACCAAAGGGGUUAACUUGUUUGCUUGACAUGAGGAAAAUUAUAAACUCCGUUCUCAAACUAAUUACAUCUGACCACGGUUUUGGUUUUUAUUAUUUUAAUUGGCACUCUGAGGCAGCAGGGGGUAAAUUUUGGGUUGGCUGCAAGGGGAUUUAGGUUCACAGCUCUCACAGUAAUGGGAAUCAAGGGAUUAAAUCUCUGUGUGUUACUUUGAAAAUCCACCUCUUACAGCCAAUUUUAUAGACAUUGAUCUGAGGGUUGAAUUCAGGGCACUAAUUGCCAGUCAAUACAAGGGUCAGCAUUUGUGUUGAAGCACCAGGGGUAUUGAUGUAGCCUGAAAAGCUGAAUCAAGGACUUGGGUUUUGUUUUGUUUUUUUAACCCAUUUUUAAAAUAGGAAAGCUCAUCCAGAAAUACUUGGAUCUAGACAUGAUCUAGCAUAGCACCAAUGUUUAGGAUUUUCAGAGUGCUGUUGGGUUAUUAAAAUAAUAUCAAUGUUCUA